AUGCAUUGUGGGACUUCAAAAUGGAUGCCUCGGAGUUGUUUUGGUCCCGGUGAUGUAGUCUCUCGCUGCUGAUUUAAACAUAAAAAUCGCCUCUGUUUUGACUGAAAACACAUCUUUACCUCUAUAGAGCACGAUGGGUGUUUUGCGCUUCGUCCGGGGAACGCUCUCGGGUCUCGGUGUCCAGGCCAGGAAACACUUCCCCGGCGUGUUUGUGACGCUUCUGCCCGGAGCGCCAGCUCCAGCCGGGGUGAAAAGGUACAGCCGGGACACGGAUAAACAUGGUCCGGAGCAGUUCGUGUGCUUUCAGCUCCCGCACAGAGCCGUGCUUAAGGUUCAGGGACCAGAUACAAGUCCGUUUCUUCAGGGCCUGCUAACCAACGACAUGGCGCUGCUGGAGGAGCCUGGACGUGCAGCCAUGUAUGCUCACAUGCUAAAUGUGCAGGGGAGAACAUUAUAUGACAUCCUGCUGUACAGACUGAAAGAAGGAGGCACGUCCUGUGUUUUCCUGGAGUGUGACAGCACCGUUACAGAUUCAGUGGUAAAACACUUGAAGGUUUUCAAGAUCCGGAGAAAGGUCAACAUCAGCCCCUGUCCAGAGCUCUCUGUGUGGUCCGUGCUUUCCAAGCAGAUCAGUGCAGAUCAAGAGGCUAGGAAACCUGAGAUAUCAUCCCCUGACAAAGUGUUGGUGUGCGUGGCUGAUCCUCGAACUGUGCAAAUGGGAUGGAGAUUGAUCUUGCACAGUCAUGCCGACCCAUUGGACAUCAUUGCAUGCUGUCAGAAAGGAGACUCAAACGACUACCACAGACACCGCUAUGCAAUAGGACUUCCUGAGGGAGUGAAGGACCUUCCUCCUGGAGCGGCGCUACCACUGGAGUCGAACCUCGUCUACAUGCAGGGUAUCAGCUUUAGCAAGGGCUGUUACCUCGGCCAGGAGCUCACAGCCAGGACUCAUCACACUGGGGUGAUUCGAAAACGCCUCAUGCCAGUACGACUGUCAGCUUCAGUCGGACGGCACGAGGAGGGAGCCGCCUUGCAGACGCAGUCGGGCAAGCCAGCUGGGAAGCACAGAGCGGGGCUCGGCGAGCUGGGCCUCAGCCUAGUUCGCACGGCACAUGCCAAAGAAGUGUUGACGCUCAAAUCUUCUGACAACAGCACAGUGACACUUGAAGCCUCUGUGCCAGACUGGUGGCCUAAGGAUGUGAAAAUUAACUGAGGAUGGGGUGUUUUGUAGCUCUUUGAAAUGUGACAUGCAUCGCAUCAAGCUGACUUUUGAUGGACAGAACCUUGAAGUACAGUACGUUACACUGCCACUGCUUUAUAGAUCUUUGGUCUGCUCUACAACUUAUUUAGGUGAUUUUUUUCUUUAAGUUAUUUAUAACAAAGCUAUGCUUUUUCACAUUUGUUUAUUAAAGUAUAUACCAACCA